AUGGCGAAAAAAGCAAGGAAUCGGGUGCUCGGCAGGAAAUCGUCGUCGUUCACGCUUGUUUCUGCUAUGCUUCUAAUGCUCAAAGGAAAUCAGUUUGUUCGUCCACGACACUGUAGAAUUAAUGUAAGCAGGUUUUCAAUCGCUAGCUGCUGCUGCAUCUGCUUUCUUUUUAUCAAUAAAGUUCGUAUAUUUUGUCUCCAUUUGUUCGUUCAAUCGUCAUCGCAGUCUGCAAUAUUCAGAAAUGAUGGUGUCGGACUCGGAGAGAGAGGGUUGCAGUGGACGGAAGUUAUCUCAUGGGAGCCCAGAGCAACCCUUUAUCACAAUUUCCUGUCUAAGGAGGAAUGUGAGUACUUGAUUAGUCUUGCGAAGCCUUACUUGGCCAAGUCAUCAGUGGUGGAUAGCAAUACCGGCAAGAGUAUGGAUAGCAGCGUCCGCACGAGCUUUGGAAUGUUUCUGAACAGAGGACAAGAUAAAGUCGUGAGGAGCAUCGAGAAAAGGAUCGCAGACUUCAGUUUCAUACCCGUAGAACACGGGGAAGGACUUCAAAUUCUGAGAUACGAACUGGGGCAGAAGUAUGAGCCUCACUUCGACUACUUCGUCGAUGAAUUGAACACUAAGAAUGGGGGUAACCGGAUGGCCACCUUACUUAUGUACCUUUCUGAUGUUGAAGAAGGAGGGGAGACAGUAUUUCCAAAUGUCAAGGGAAAUAUAAGUGCUGUACCCUGGUGGAACGAAUUAUCUGCAUGUGGAAAAAGGGGGCUCUCUGUUAAACCCAAGAUGGGGGAUGCAAUUCUUUUCUGGAGCAUGAAGCCUGAUGCCACUCUGGAUCCUUUGAGUUUGCAUGGUGCUUGCCCUGUUAUCAAGGGAACCAAGUGGUCAUGCGCUAAGUGGAUGCAUGUUAAUGAAUACAAGGUCUAACUGUGUUACCUACGUGUACCCUUGUA